AUGAAGAAACUUGCUCUUCCCUCAUUCUUUUUUUAUCUCAUUGCUUUCGCAUCAACCUUGUUGCGAUUUUGCAUUGCAGCUGACACCAUAAGUCCAGGGCAAUCAAUUAGCGGUAUCCAGACUCUAGUUUCCUCAGACCAAGUUUUUGAGCUAGGCUUCUUCUCUUCAGGCAACAAGAGCUGGUACUUGGGCAUAUGGUACAAGAAGACCCCAGGCGUAGUUGUGUGGAUAGCGAACCAGAACAGCCCAGUCACAGAUCCUUCUGGAGUUUUCACCAUCAGCAACAAUGGAACACUUGUUCUUCUCAACCAAAGCAACCACACUAUCUGGUAUUCAAAUCCAUCCAGGCCAGCACAGAUUCCAGUUGCUCAACUUUUAAGUUCUGGUAACCUUGUUCUUAUAGACGAUGUAACUUCAACCUCUGAAAGCUAUCUGUGGAAGAGCUAUGAUUACCCAAUAAACACGUGGUUACCAGGCAUGAUCAUAGGAAAGGACAUGAGCAAUGGUCUAAACCGAUUUUUGACAUCUUGCAAAGACUCAGAUAUUGCAUCUCCAGGAGACUCUACAUACAAAUUUGAUUACAAGGGGUUGCCUCAAAUAUUUAUAAAAAAGGGAACGAUGAAAAAAUUUCGCACUGGACCUUGGAAUGGAGUUCGAUUCGGCGGUCUUCCUAUGCCUAUAAAUCAAUUUUUUAUUCCCAUAUUAGCAUCCCAAGACAUGGUGGGAUAUAUGUAUGAACCUAAAAACAAGUUGGUUUCUACAAGGAUAACAGUGAGCGAGUCGGGCAUCCUCCAACGCUUUUUAUUGAUGGAGGGAAGCACUGAAUGGACUACCAUGGAUGCAGUACCGAAUGACAUGUAUGACAAUUAUGGGCAGUGUGGCCCUAAUAGUGUUUGCAGAAGUUACAAAGAAUCAACUUGCGAGUGGUUGGAAGGAUUCAACCCCAAAUCACCAGAAGAAUGGAAACUGCUCAAUUCUUCAGGUGGAUGUAUAAGGAGAACCCCACUGGGAUGCCUGAGGAAAGAUAGUUUCAUGAAGCUUGAGUGGGUGAAGUUGCCUGACUUGCUAGAGUUUUGGUUAAACAAGAGUAUAAGCACCAAGGAAUGCGAGGCAGAGUGCUUGAAGAACUGUUCAUGUACAGCAUAUUCAAAUUCAGAUAUUAAUGGGGGAGGCAAUGGCUGUUUGGUCUGGUUUGGGAAUUUGUUUGAUAUUAGAGGGUAUAACCAAGAAAAUCCCGGGCAAGAUCUCUAUAUGCGACUGGCUGCUUCAGAACUAAUAGGUCUUCUAAGAAAGAAAGAAGAUGUAGAGGUACCUUUAUUGGAUUUUACAACGGUUGCCACUGCAACAAACAAAUUCUCUCAAGAAAAUGUGAUUGGGGCUGGUGGAUUUGGUCCUGUUUAUAAGGGACAUCCAUCUAACGGACAAAAUAUUUUGAAGGAAUUUAAACUAUUAGUUCUACUCCACACCUUGGAAGAGAAGAACAAACUUAAGCUGUUACCAUCCACCUUGAGUGGUCUUGUUACUGAAAAAUAUAUCCAAGUAAUUAAUUGA